AUGACUCUGUGCGAUCUUUGCAGAAAGGUUCCGUGGGAAAACCUUUCCACAGCCCCGCCUGAGUCCUGGCCGUCCAGCAGCGGAUAUCCAUAUCUCCAAGACUUUCACCAUUGGCCCGAAGACAGCCGAGGCUAUCUACAUCAUCAGAGUCUGGAUGCUCUACGAAAAGCCGCGGAUAAUGAACAAUGCGGCAUUUGUUCCUUGAUACUCACUCAGGUCGAAUUGUGUGAGGCGGAACUUGAAGAGCUUAAGCCCCAGUGGGAAGCAGGAACGAUAACAAAGUAUGGCUGGCCGCUAUGGGAGAUGUGGAUUGUCAAGAGAGAGGUUGGAGGGGAUGGGUUUUGGGUCAUGAGCACAACGGACUCCGACAAACGGACUGUACGGCUUGUGGCAGCAAUUGGGUUCUGUGUAGGAGAUAGUAGCCCUUUGGCCCAGAUCAUUCGCGGACGACCCGUUGAGCAGUACGGCGGCACUUCGAAGGCGAUAAAAAGGGUUCAUGAGUGGGUUACUGAAUGCAACAAGCAUCCCAAAUGCAGCCCCGGAGACACGUUGUUGCCAGGUCGAGUCGUUGACGUGGGCGAUGAUGUCAACAGCCCAUUUGCUAAACUCCGGGAAACGGACGGACAGGAACGUGGAAAAUACAUAUCCCUGAGCUACUGUUGGGGAAAAGAGCCCCAAUUCAUAACCACCAAAGCAACCCUCGAAGAACGCAAACGUCAAAUCACCAUCUCUGAUCUGUCACAAACGCAUCAAGAUGUCAUUAAACUAGCACGGGAACUAGGGGUUAGAUAUCUCUGGAUCGACAGCAUCUGUAUCUGUCAAGGCGACUAUGACGACUGGGAGCGCGAAUCAGCAAAAAUGCUCUCCAUCUACGCGAACUCUUACCUUACUGUCGCUGCCUCAAAAGCAAAGGAUCAUUCAGAAGGACUCUUCAGCGAGACAAAGCCAAGGGAGUACAUGACGUUUGAGUAUACAUCCGGAGACAUCAGUGGAGAAGUCAUGGCGUUCAAUCUUCCGAUUGACAAUGAGUCUGGUGCCAGUUCUUAUGUGAGCCUGCCAGAUGAACCACUCUCCGACCGGGCAUGGGCCCUUCAAGAGCGAGUGCUGCCGUGUCGAAACUUGCUUUAUACAAAACAGCAGAUGUUCUUUGAGUGUAGCGAGGGAUUUCGAGGAGAGGAUGGCACGGUUCUUGAUUGGAGAUUUGUGAAUGUGCAUGAUAUGCCAGACGGACAGGACGAAAGAAAGGAGCCCGGCGAUGAAGAACAAGAAGAAGAAGACGACCCUAAAGCAAGCCUGUAUCAGUCAUGGUGUAGUCUGCUCUGGAUAUACGGUCCUCGGAAACUAACAGAGGCGUCGGACAAACUCCCUGCCAUCUCCGGUCUGGCGAGUAUCUUUGCCCAACGCCUUGAUGAUGAGUACGUCGUUGGACUGUGGCGAUCAAGACUAUUAGAAGGACUGGUCUGGCAAAGCCUCAGAUGUAGACGUGUCUCAGAGUAUAGAGCACCAUCCUGGUCCUGGGCAUCCAUGGACGGAAUUCCUGGCCUCGGGGUCAGGACACCUUACGAGGAAGUUGCGAAAGUUUUGGACGUCAAGAUUGAUCUCAAGGGCACAAAUAUCCACGGUGAGGUUACAAGUGGAAUGUUGCGGAUCCAAGCGCCGAUGGAGCGAUUAUACCUCGACGUCAAAGACUGGGAUCCUAUGAAGCCUGGGUUUGCGUAUGACAACAACCCUCCGAUCCGUACAGCACAUGAUGAGACGUAUUCACGGUUCGACUUUGACUUUACUGCUGAUGAUGCACCGCAGGAGGCACUGAAGAUAGUGAAGAGUUUGGAAGGGAAGGAAUUCUUUGCGCUUAUAUUGCUGAAGGUUAAGGAAAUGGAUGAGGAGGCUUCUUACCAUGCGGUAAUGGUAAAGAGGGUCGAUGGAGGAGAGGAGUAUGAGAGGCUGGGUUUUGGGUUUAUUGACGAAAAGGCUUUGGGACGGCCACUGGAUCUCGAAGUGAGGGAUGAAUUUCCUGUUAUUACACUUGUGUAG